UGGUUGUUAUUUGUUUAGGAACUUUCUCUACAAUUUGCUCAAAAAAUGAUUGAAUAUUUGGUUUGUCUUGUAACCAGUGGAAGAUGGCAAGUUAAUGGAACUAAUCUGGAAUACAUAUGUCCACAGGGAGGUAUUUCUGAACUUGCUUUGAUAUUUUCUGAGUAUAUUAGUUAUAGUGAUUUUGUAUCUUUGGUAAGAAGCAAAAUUGGUUUGUUAGACAAAUAUAGAAUUAGUCUUCGUUUCCACCAUCCUAAAUUAAAUUAUUAUAUAGCUAUAGUUGAAGACAUGGAUGUUAGAAUGUUGAUAAACGUAAUCAAAUGUAGUGGAGGAAGGGCUGUGAAAGUGUUUGUGGUGGUUGAUGAAGUUGAGGAGGUUAAUGGGGGUGGUGAAAUUGGAAACCAGCUUGUUGGUAAUUUAUGCAGUUAUAAAGGGAGCAACGAUCCGAUAGAUAUAACCGAGCUACAAAGCAAUUCCGAUAGAGAUGAGUUGGGUGAUGAAGUUAAAGCUAAGUUUCCCGAUAACCUUUUUCACGGUAUGCCCCCUGUACCAGCAUGGCCAGUUGAUAUUAAUGAAGAUAUCCCAACACAGAUGGUAGACAUGAAUCUUCAAAAGAUUCAAUGUGAGAGUAUAUUUAAGAACAAAGAACUUUUAAAGCGGUGUAUUGGUAAAAAAUGUCUUCGAGAAGGUUUCCAGACGAGGACAAGUAGAUCCACCAAAUCAAGUUACAACAUGUUAUUUAAAAAAACAACAAACGAUCCUUUUGCAACCUAA